UUGAACAAACACUCAAAGGAAUGUUCAAGUCUAAAGAAAAAUGGAAGUCAGUUGACUCAAUGAAACGCAUGUUUGGUGUCAAGAAGUCAGCUAUGUUAGAUUAUGUGUUGGAGAACUGGACAGAAGACACAUUUUUUGGGUACCAGUUUUUAAAUGGGGUAAACCCAAAUGUGAUCAAGCGCUGCUCAAAACUUCCUUCAAACUUUCCUGUCACAAACUGGAUGGUAAAAUCAUUCUUGGCGAGAGGUUCCUUUCUGCAAAGAGAAAUAGAGAUGGGGAACAUGUUCAUCUCUGAUUAUAAGAUAAUGGAGGGAAUAGCCACUCGUGACGUCAAUGGACAAGCUGUGUAUGUAGCAUCAGGCUUCUGCUUAUUCUAUCUAAACUCUGACAAAGAACUAGUGCCAAUUGCAAUACAGCUUGCACAAACGCCCUCAAAGGACAACCCCAUCUUCCUGCCCACUGACUCAGAUAGUGACUGGCUACUGGCGAAAAUGUUCAUCAAAAACACAGACUACCUGCUGCAUCAGGGAGUCGAACACAUUCUGAAAACACACAUGUUAGGAGAAGUCUUCGCUAUGGCAACAUACAGGAACCUCCCCUCAGCACAUCCAGUUUACAAGAUGCUGAUUACUCACUUUCAAAGCACCAUCCACAUCAACAAUAUUGUCCAAGAUUAUCUUUUUGGACCUGCAGGGCCUUUAACCAUGAGCUCACUUGGGGCAGAGGGCGCGAAGGAGCUGAUGAAGAGGGGUUUCUCCGAGUUGAAAUACAGUGCCCUCUGUCUGCCAGAGAACAUCACCGCACGAGGACUGGACACUAUCCCCAACUUCUACUACAGAGACGACGGCCUGAAGUUGUGGGCGGUUUUAAACAAUUUUGUGAAAGGAAUGGUAAGGCACCACUACCUGUCUGACGGGGAUGUGGCCAAAGACCCUGAGCUACAGGAAUGGAUCAAAGACAUCUUCAUGCACGGAGUCAUUGGAAACUCAUUCUCAGGGUUCCCAGAAACUUUGGAAACCACUGAUGAACUUAUCAAGUUUGUUACUAUGAUCAUCUUCACUGUGUCUGCCCAACAUGCUGCUGUCAAUAACGGCCAGUUUGACUAUUACCCCUGGAUUCUCAAUGGUUCACCGCUCCUCAUUCAGCCCCCUCCAAUAAUAAAAGACACAUCGAGCAUGGAGAGUGUAAUAGAGACACUUCCAGCUGUUGGCAAUACAGCGCUUUUUACACAUGCUGCUUGGAUGUCAUUCAAAAGCAACAAUAUGGUCCCCUUGGGUUCGAAUCCUGACGAAUAUUUUGAUGAGGCAGCGCCAAGGCAGAUGCUGAAAGAUCUGCAGAAUGACCUGCUUUUCCUCAGUGAGGCUAUCAAUGAAAGAAACUCAAAGCUUCAAGUGCCCUACAACUAUCUGAACCCGACUUAUGUAGAGAACAGUAUCACCAUUUAAUACAGUUGUCAUGUAUAUUUUGUAACUGACGUGUUCUUUCUUAAAUAUAGUAUAAACAUUCUGCAUUUUAAGAUGAUCAACCUUAUGUCUAAUUUUUAAUAGCCAAUCAUUUUAAUUAUUUAUUGUUUCUUUUCUUUCUGAAAGACCCUUACAGGGUAUGCAUAAAGAGGCUACACCAGUUUGGUCUAUGACUACGU